UCUACUGAAAGGAAAUUGUGCUGUACUGAACGACCCGUUCAGAAACGGGAAAGAGUUAGGUUUUUAGGAUCCGGAACAAUGUCAGCAUAGCCACUGACCUUUAAGAACUUACAUCAGUGCUUAAAACCACACCCACCAAACCGAAGCAAACAUACCUCAAAGUGUGUUCUGUACAAGAACGUUAGGAUCAAAAGUGUAGUUCAGUAUCGGGCGUUAAUAAAAGUAGCAAACAUUCAAGCGAAGUAAACGCACCCCAGCUCUCGAACAUGGAGUCACUGGAAGAACGUCACUUUCGCCCCUUAGCUUUCUGCAAUUUGAUUUUCGUUGUUGUUUAUUGGCAGUUUACUCUAGCUGGUGACUGUCCUGCAGAUGGGCGCACCUGGGUGCCUUUCAAACAAAGAUGCUACCACUUCGUCCACGGAGAAGAAGACGUGGCUAAAAGCUAUAAAAUCGAAUUUGCCAGACGUCUCUGCUCAGGAUAUGAACUGGUUAGUGUCCAAAGUAAAGAAGAGAAUGACUUCAUCCUCAGGUAUAGUCCGCAGGUGUGGAAAGGCAACAUACAUGUGUGGCUGAACAUGUACUACGACAGUGAUGAUGACAAAUUUAAGUGGCAAGAUGAGACCUCUCUGAGCUUUAUGAACUGGGGGAACAAUUCCAGCGAGUCAGACUUGAUUCCAAUGGAGACCUGUGUGGUGAUGCACAGCAGCACGGGGGAGUGGGAGAAAGUCAGCUGUUUGGACAGCGAGGAGAAUGGAGUGGUCUGUGAAACUGCAGAGAAAGCAGAGAAGAAUGGCAAACCUGCUCCCAAUCCACUGCUCUCAGCUCUGGUCAUUCUGAGUGUGGUGGGCAUCAUGGGGGUGUCAGCCGUCUUUUGGUUCCUGCACCAGAAGCACCAACACGGUUCCGUCCUCACAUCGUUCGAGUACCACCCUCCUUUCAGGUCUCCCACCUCUGACGAGGCCUGCUUAGUGGAGACAGAGGAGACUGAGGAGACUGAUGACGUGGCUUAGAGCAGAUCCUGCUGAUAGACUCUGUGAGGAGUCACUCUUGAAGAGCCAGGAUUUUAGAGUAAUAGGUGACUUCUCUUAAUUGAGACUGAUUAUGUAAUCCAUAAGAGAUUAUUUGGGAGGUAAACCGACAUACUGCUAUGGUAAGACGUACAGUACGCAUCUACACUUACCACCAACUACAGCUACUGUCGUAAGCACUACUGUCUACCUGAAUGGGCUCUUCUGGGUUUUAGGUGGAUCUGCUUUCUUGAAGCUUUAUUCUUUCAAUGAUGCAUGCUUUUAGUUCUUCUUUAAAAGAUGAAAAACGCCAGCUAAUUAUUUUUCUUCAAAUGACAUAUCUGAUACUACUUGUGUAAUUCUUUGCAAGCAUUUACAGUGAAUUCAAUAUUCUGUUGAAUUGUGUGAGAAUCACUGAUUUUGAUUUUCUGACCUCUUUCGAUUUCCUGAUGUUUUCUUCGUACAUCUGCACACAAUUGAUGAUCUUUGUGCCCCAUGGCAAGUCGGAUUUGAGAUAAUUUAGCAUUAUCUAAGAUCUUUGUUGUGUUGGCCUUGUUACUGCUUAUACUUUGCAAUGAUUUUGUUUUUCCUCUUAGUGUCAAAGCUUAAAGGACUUAGGUCUUGAUAAGGGAUAAUCGUAAGUACAAAGGAACUAACCCACUAAUCAUAUCUAAAAUAAACCGAUUAAGGCUUGAGGAAGAUGUCAGUCAGAUUCAAAUGGUGUAUAUUCUCUCAGCAAGGGAUCUUCUUGGCCCUCUGGCCAUUUGACCUAUGUGUUGAUAUUUCGCUCAGUGUUUAUAAGAUGGUAUUUGUCAAUGUUCUGAAAAGCUUCUAUGGAUGAUUACAUUUAUAAAAUAUAUUAUUUGCUAUGCUGUAACGGCAUGCAUAAACUCCUACUCAUAGGAGAAAGUAUUUUUGUGAGGAUUGCUUGCCUUUGAGUCAAAUCAUCUCCCUCAUUUGACUGCUGGAAUGAAUAAGUAUUAAUUUUUUCAAAGCAAUGUAAUUCAACUUCUACCUAACCUAUACGAUUACGGUCAGUGUUUUCACUAAGGCUUUAGUGAUAUGUUAUGUAUUUUUGGGAGUGGGCCUAAAAUGGAGUCAUGUUAUCACUACACCCUUGUGAGGUCUUUGUUCAUAAGAACUUUUUACUCAUUACUGUGUAAUUUGGACAAGCCCUAUUUGUUAAAUAAAGUUGGGAUAUAACCUGUG